UCCAAUUCGUUUAUAAAUUAUAUUUACACAYCUCGAAAAUCGCGAUUUUUAAUACGAAUAAUACACUUUAGUACAAAAUUUAAGACGUGGAUUAACAGUUCCAUAUGUUUACAAGAUGCUAGCUAUGAGAAGUGUGGGUAUWAUGCCCAAUCACUUGGAUUCUAGGGAGAUAUUUUUUACUAAUUUGUUGCUGUUAGGGUUUGACCCCGUUGCAAUGGAAUCCAGAGAAAAAAUACCUUUUAACAGGGAUAUGUUUGCACUACCAAACAAGAAAGCCAUGGAGGUUGUUAUGCACUUCUUGUUUACUAAGAUUAAUCCUCAGAUGACCUAUGAAGAAUUUAGGGAUUGUUGGCCGGUCAAGAACAAAGUUGAAGAGCAACAGUUUAGGAAAACUUGUUAUAAUUGGGUCUCUAGAAUUGCUAAGGAAGAGAAAGAUGCCUACUUGCCAAGAGUAGUUCAAUCAUUAUUUCAUUCUCCUGGAGGAGACAGGUUCUAUCAAUUUCUUCUGGUUUUUUCAAGUUAUGUUUUAACAGUUGUCAUGCUGAGAGAUCACAGUAGGCAUGUAUCUAUACCACCUUUUCCUUCCAAGUCCAUUCAUAAUCACAGUUUUACUCAAGUCAUGUCCAAGUCUUACCAAGUUCAAACAGCAAUACAUAGAAAAAGAUUUUUUGAACUUACGAAAUACUCUAUAGAAGUCCAGCAGCAUUGGAAAGCUUUUGCCGUUGAGUUGACCAAAGAGAAUAGGAGUCUGAAAAAGAAAAUUAAAGAAUUGGAGCGACAGUUAAAAGGUGAAGUGAAAUACAAAGGAGAGCAAAUGGCUAGAAGCUUGGCUGCUAAUCAUGAAUAUCAAAAAGAAACAGAUGCCAUAAAAAGAACACAACAACUUCAAAAAGUUAGAGGCUUAUGGAGAGSGUUUGAGGAAUUUCAUUCAGAACAUGGUCAACAGAGAGAAGUUGUGGAAGCAGUUCUUGAAGGGCAAGCUAAUCAACACCAUUUGGAUGCUACUGAUGUUGUAGUCAAGAUUCCUGAUCUCUUGUUUCGGGAGUGUGAAAGAGAGCUCCAAAUGAAAAGAAUUGGUAACACAUAYGUUGGUGGAAAGCUGAAUCUAUUGAGUCUUGUUCAACUCUGGAACCUAUCUUUGAGGCUUCUUCGAGACAAGAUUCRUCAAGACUCUGUGCCAAGUUUUGAUGAAAGUUCACCRAAGAUAAAGAAUGAUGUCCACACUCAUCAGUCUCUCUUAUCAAAUACUGAAACUCUCAGGUCAAUGCUAUCCAAUGAGACCAUACCUGAACUUAAAGAAUCRGUAGAAAAGCUGAAGAAUAGAAUAUACCAAGACAUGGUCUUGAGGAGAGGCACCAAUGGACCACACCCAUACUCAUUUAAUCUUGGCCUCGGUCUAGCUCCAGCUACUCCUCCAGUCUCAUUUACUGCAGCAGAAACCCCAGCAAGUCAUAGAAUCUCAUCCUUUCAAGAUUCCUUAAGGAAAACUCCAGUGGGAGUUUCCACACCAGAUGUUGUUAGUUCCUGGACGGAAUCACUUCRGGGAAGAAAAUAUCAAG